CCAAAGCGAAUCUGUCCGGCGCGUUUGAAACGGCUACUCUUUCCUCUCUUCUCUAUCUCAACCACAAACUCUCUCUUGCACCUUCGUAGUGCUUCAACUUUCACACCUCUCCCCUCUUUCCGAUCUCCCCUUACCGGGUUUCUUCCCCUCCCCAUCAACCAUGCAGGCCGUCCGCCGUAACACCGUCGCUGCCCUUCGCAAUGCUGCUGCCACGCAGCGCCGGGCAUACUCUGCCUCGGCCAGCCCGGCUUAUGCUGAGACUGUGAACAACCUUCGCAUUAACGGAGAGACCAAGGUCAUCUUCCAGGGUUUCACUGGAAAGCAGGGAACUUUCCACGCUGAGCAAGCUAUCGCCUAUGGCACCAAGGUCGUUGGUGGAACCAACCCGAAGAAGGCCGGCUCGAUGCACCUUGACCGUCCCGUCUUCGCCAACGUGAGCGAGGCCGUCAAGGAGACUGGAGCUACCGCUACUGCGCUCUUCGUCCCCCCCCCCUUGGCCGCUAAGGGUAUUGAGGAGGCCAUCGAGGCCGAAAUUCCUCUGGCUGUCUGUAUCACCGAGGGUAUCCCUCAGCACGACAUGGUUCGUAUCACCGAUAUCCUGAAGACGCAGAACAAGACCCGUCUGGUGGGUCCUAACUGCCCUGGUAUCAUCGCUCCUGGCCAGUGCAAGAUUGGUAUCAUGCCUGGAUUCAUUCACAAGCGUGGCCGUGUCGGUAUCGUCUCCCGGUCCGGUACCCUGACCUACGAGGCCGUCAACCAGACCACCCAGGCUGGUCUUGGUCAGUCCCUGGUCGUCGGUAUCGGUGGUGACCCCUUCUCCGGCACCAACUUCAUCGACUGCCUGAAGAUCUUCCUCGAGGACCCGGAGACCGACGGUAUCAUCAUGAUUGGUGAGAUCGGUGGUAGUGCCGAGGAGGAUGCCGCCGAGUUCCUCAAGGCCAACAACAAGUACAACAAGCCCGCCGUUGGAUUCAUCGCCGGCAUUAGCGCUCCCCCGGGCCGUCGUAUGGGUCACGCCGGAGCCAUCGUCAGCGGCGGCAAGGGUGGCGCUGACUCUAAGAUCUCCGCUCUUGAGGCGGCUGGUGUUGUUGUCGAGCGCAGCCCCGCUUCCCUGGGCAAGGCGCUGCUGAACGAAUUCGUCAAGAGGGACCUGGUCUAGACGAAUUGAUAGCAGUCUGCACGCAGGCGGAGACAUUCCCUUGAACCCUGCCGGUUCCUGGGCGAAACUCACCACUCUUAUUCGCCCAGUAUGGGCGGGGGUUUCUGACUUCUUCCCCUCCCCUCCAUCUCUCUAUCAUUAGACGACUCCCUUUCGAUGUCCGAGCCAUGGCGGCCACACUGUACUUUUUGUCUCUUAUAUCUGGUCUCAUUUUCUCUUUUUUCUCGUCGAUAUAUCUCCUAUGUUUAGAGAUGCAAGGAAGUAAUUAGGUUCACUUGUAAAUUUGGUCUAAAUUUCUUUCUUGCUUUGAAA